AUGAAUCUUAAGGAUAUAAUGUAGAACGUGAAAUGCACACAUCCAUGAUUGAGGCUACCAUGAUUGAGGCUAAUUACAUUGCCGGGACAACAACCUUCACAGCCUCGACUCUCAUCAGGGUGUUUAGGGUUAUGGCAUCCUCUAAUGAUUUGGGACAAAAACAAGCUCAUUCUUCCUUUCUCGAGCUAGCAGAAUGUGAUGGCAGCUUUUUCAACCUCGGCGCUGAGUAUGGAAUUCACAGUGGCUUACCGGAACGGGUGGAGCGAUACUUGGAAUCUUCAGGGGACGUGAUGACAUUACAGGUAAUGCCUUUGCAAGUCGAUAGCGAAAGCAUCGCUGAACAGCAAAGAGCUCCUCAUUCUUCGAGGAGUACAUCUUUUAAGGCUUAGAUCUGGACUUGUCUCGGUAAAUAGGAAGCUGAUAAUCUAUUACCUUUUUCUAGUUAGGUGCUCCACCCCAACUUGUAGGAAAGAAGUUUGUCGUGAUGUUUUGUAAAGCGUGCAAUGUUCUGGCAACCUAAAGCGUCUAAGAAGUCUAAGUCUUCGUUUAGUUCUAGUGCUGGCCCUUCUCGUUCUGGUGCACCGUUUUUGAAGCUGAAUCCAGCCGAUGAUGGACGGUCACCCAUGGACGUGGAGGAUAAUUGGCAGUGGGAGUAUGCCCGCAUCCGCCAAUGCCCGGCUAGUGCAACACCGAGUUCUUAAGGCAUCUUUUCUCAAUGUUUCAUUGCAGGACCACAUCAAUCGGAAUAGUUUCCAACUACUACAAGUACAACAAGUAUCUAUAUAGAACAAAAGUCUUCUUCACAGUGUCACCUUACUUUGUAGAAGGGGAUUUUGUUGAGGAAGAAAUUAGGUACUACUUUUGUUCAUAUUAACCUAUCAUAACAAGUUAUUAUGAACGACGAACUUCGAGUUGGAAGCAAUGACCAUGUGGCAUCUUGUGAACAGAUACUAGAAGAUUUGCAGUACUGUUUCAUCACUCUUGUUCUAUGAAGUAGAUUUUUAUGAAGUAUAUUUGAUGUAUUAUCGUUUCAUCCACGUCUAUCUAUGAAGCAUUUUUGGGCGUUUCCCACGUCUUCUAAUCCGUUGCGCGUGAAGAGAAAUAUCUUUUGGAGGUGCUCGAGAACCAGAAUAAUGCAGGCAACAGACGCAAAGUUUUCGCUUGCGCGCGGUUGAAUAUAUUAGAACCUGAACAACCGUCGACGACAAAGUCCGACACUGCAGCUACAACUGGAAUCCAAGCACAGGGAGACGCAGCACCAGCAUCUUCAGACACUUCUAAGAGGCUGACUCUAUAACUCAUGUGUUGUAAUAAACUAGAAAUAAGGAUCACCCUGAUGAAUCUUCGUAUGAAAUACAAGGGAAAUCUUAGGAAAUCCGCCUAAUAGGGUCACAUCAUCAAAUACCAGGGACCUGAUUUUUCUGGCACCAUCUUCCCCAAAAAAGGGUGAACAGUCACGGUUAGCUCUAAAACUGCUACAGUAGGCGCGGAUCUGUUGAAUGCACAGAUGGGUAAUGGCUUUUUUGCGUCCCUCACCGACGCAGACCUCAUGGCAGCCGGUGAGACUGCGUCUGCUGCAUCUCCAGCUCCAUUAGCAAAACAAGAACCCAGAGGUGCCAUGAACACGUACAGAAUCUUGGUUCCGAUUCCGAUCGAAGAUGUGUGGAUUCCAAAACGAAUCUCUUCGCCUAGUCUGUUAAGGCGAAUUUUUCACUAUCUCACGUGGAGCUGGAGUAUGGUGACUGAAGCGUCCUCCUGAGAUACUAUAAUUAUCUAUAUUAUAAACCAAAACUUAUUUUCAAUGCUAAACAGGAGUGAACUUACGGCUUGAGAUGUACGCAAAUCAUGGCAAAGAUGUACGGGCGAGAUGUAUACGUCUGAGAUAUAAAAGGGGAACGUGGGCGGUAGAGAUCUUAAAGGGGAAACCUCCAAAGCGAAAAAGGGCAACCCACUCAGCCACGGAGGGUGAAAAACGAGCGCUAAGAAUGGAGCCCAUCUGUGACAAUUUUCACCGGUACCGCAAGCGCAUUGCAGAGGCAUUCAACAAGAUGGCUACUAGCGUUGCGAUACAAGACGAACAUGUGGUUGCGUCUUCUUCUUCCGGAGACCAUGGCCGUGGUCUCCUAUCAUCUAAAUCGACUUCUCCUGCUGCACCAGGACAGAGACGAGUACAACUACAAAGUAGUUCAUCUUUUCCGAAGCAUGCAAAGAGGUCUGGAGCUUUCCUCAGUACUAGGCGCCUCGAAGAUGAUGUUGCAAGGAGCACAGCAAGAAGAGGCGAUGCUGAAGAAAGCACGACAAAAGGCACUGAUGUUGACGUGGACUCGUCCACAGUCGUGCUGCCCAUCCCAGCACUAUCGGACUUACCCUUAUGGGUGCUACCACGGAAAUGGGGCCUACGAACCGAGUUUUGUGAGAGCGAUUUUCCUGCUCGUGGCACUGCCGAUAUCAGCAUCGACUUAAGGCUCCAUAUUUAGUUGUUCAUUUCAUCUCCACGAGGACACUUCCCUCCCUUUUCCUUCUUGACAUUCUGAGGGAAUCAAUAUUCCUCAAUUAGGAAUCCCUAAUAAACGAGGCGUAUCGAAAACUGCACCUAGGGAUCUGGGGCUGGGGAAUUGUCAACCGAUUACAUCCGACUGGAGCUCAGCUGCUGGAUGAGACGAGUAAUCAUUCAGCUGAAAAAGACAGUGUACUAGACCAAGUGGAACCAGAUGAAAGAACCUCUGACGUACUAGGAAACUACGAAAGGUCGAGUGAAGACCUAAACAACAAUGACAUCAAGGGGAGUAGUACUUCUGGUGAAGCGAAGGCCGCCCAGGAAACGACGCGCAAAAGAUCUUUAGAAGAUGAUGAAGCAGGAGAUACUAGUACUAGUACUGAAAGUUCUAGUACUGACACUGGGUCCGAGAUGAAGCAAGAGGAACAACUACAAUUGGUGGAAGCCAAAAACGAGAAGGGUCGUCGGAUUUUUCUUCCACUCAACUUCUACAGGUACAGUCCACCAUCUGAAGACUUAAUAUCCCAAGAAAAAUACCAUUUACGCGAAGAACUCUUCUUCUGCUAUAACAACUACUAAGGCUACCGCUGAAGCAUCCUCAUUCCGAACGCUAUCCUUGGCUUCUUUUUCCAAGGGCAAGAGGACACAGGGAACUUCAACAUUGUCCUUGGCUUCUUUUUCAAAGGGAAAAAGGACGCAGGGAUGGGCGCGAGGGUGCGACGUGGUAGCUCUAAAACUACGGUGAUCCGAAAAUGCGUGCCAAAAUCGAGAAUUCCGAUUAUGGACAGUUUUCGCCUGCGUGGGUUGGAGACCCCGCAAAAAAGCCGCUGCCGCCAUUGUUAAGCCAACAAAGUGAGCAUCAUCCUACAGCUACACCGUGCUGUUCAAUAGUUCCUUUGAAGACUUUUUUUCAACGCUACAUUUUUUUAAAUAACAGAAGUUCUUGUGUCCAAUGAAUAUCCGAUAUGUUGACUCGCCGGAUGGGAGAAAGAAGUGUCCAGUAUCCGAUGCAUUGACUCGUGGAAUCAGGGAAGAAAAGGCCCAAGGAAAUGACUCUAUGGUAUGACUCUCAGGGAAGAUGUGACACGCGGUGAGCUAGCUCUAACAUUGUCAAGGCAGUUUCUGCACGAAAUGGAUCCUGAGACAGGUACGGACGUCUGGACCUCAGAGGAUAAGCCUUUGCCACCAACUCCAGUCGAUGUGUAA